AUGCAAAAUUCGUCGCAGUCUACAGAAAUGGAUGAUGAUGAAUCUCCAACACCAAAUGGCAAAUCCUUAUUUUUCUUUGGUGCAAUUAUAAGACGUAUUCGACGUCGUUGGUUAGGCUACAAUGAUCCAUAUCCGCCCUAUGGUUAUUAUACCUGUCCCAUUUAUGGUUGCAAUCCUACUCCUCCAUAUCGUCCUGCACCAUAUGGACCAACAAACUACUAUCAACCCACCAAUUCAUACACAGGUCAAAAUCCAUAUUUAACACCACAACAGCAGCAGCAACAGCAACAACAGCAAGGUCAAGCACAGCAACAUAGCAAUGUGAUUAUAUAUCAAAAUGGCCCUGAUCAACCACCAGGUUAUAUUGCAUAUCAACAAACAAAUGCACCAGUGCAAGGAUCAAUACCACCUCUACCACCUCCGCCUCCACCACAAACACCAGCUACAGGCUAUCCACAAUUUGUUACAAAUAAUUAUAUACCAACAGGCCCAGCACAAGUUUCACCUGCGUACGGUGUUGGCCCAGUUAUGCCUGGUACUGGACCAGCUGCAGCACCACCACUGCCUAUAAGACCACCAAAUUCAUGUCCGCCACAGUUUUAUCCUUGCAAUGUUGGUGGUUAG